AUGGUCCAUGGGAAACCUAGGCAUCCACAGAGUCAAGGGUCCGUAGAAAGAGCAAACUGUGACAUUAAGGACAUGCUUGUUUGUUGGUUAGGAGAUAACAAUACAACUGAAUGGACUGUUGGACUCAAAUUUGUUCAGUUUCAGAAACAUUCCAGUCUUCACAGUGGAAUUAAGUGUUCUCCAUUUGCGGCACAGUUGGGUUCUGGUGCUCGCACUGGUCUGUCAUCAUGUAGCCUCCCUCCUGAAAUUCUCCAUCGAUUGCAGUCAGAAGAUGAUCUACUUGCAGCCAUUGCAAUGCCAGUUCCUGGUGAAGAUGUUGAUCACGUGACCACUGCAACUGACUCCUCUGUAUCUGACCCAGCAACUCUUCCCAACUCUCCAACUACAUCCGAUGAAGUUACUGUGAAUGCUCAAGUAGAACUUGUUUCCUCUCGCCAAGAAGCAAUUCAGAUACAGCGAAAGAGAGCUAAUGAAGCCCAAACUAUGCAAGGUGAACGCAUGGUGAAAAGAAGUAAGCGUAUCUUUGCACCCGUACAAGUCGGCGACAAUGUGACUAUAUCUAUCCCCCAUGUUCACAGAGGUAGAACUGAUCCACGGAAUAUCAUUGGUGUUGUAACUGAAUGCAGUGACAAUGACAUGUACAGUAUUGCUGUGAAAGGUGGCACUCUCAAUGGAAUUAUACAUAUUUCCUGA